CAUUAAUCAAUUCACACAUAUUACAACAUUUACGGAACCAUCAAUAAAAAUUAAAAUAAACAUGCUCAGCUGUUUUGUGCAAUUGUAAUAGUACAGGGUGCGUCGUGCAAGUAAAAAGUUCAUCAAACUGAGACGUGGGUUUGUUGUUGGCAUUUUACAAGUAAAUACGCGCUAAUUUGCUAAUGAAUCUUUAUAUAUUCGCGUAAUAUUGCCCAUCAACUGACAUUGACAGACAUAUAAUGCGUCGCAAUGUGCGCCAGCAGACAGCCAACUGGGAGAGUGACCAGCGAGACGCGGGCAUGGAAGACAUAUUCGCUAGCAGUAGCGAGUUUGUUGAUAUUAUGCAGUUGUCAAAUAGAUCCAGCAACGGACACGCAAAGCAGCCACGCUACGACAACACACUGGAGGUGAAGGUACAAGAGGGCGACACGUUGCAGGCGCUAGCGUUGCGCUUCCACUGCACCGUCGCGGACAUUAAACGACUCAACAAGAUUGAUCGCGAGAAUGAGAUACACGCACAUCGUAUACUACGUAUUCCGGUCACAGUGCACAAUGUGCUGCUCGGCGCGGAUACGUUACCCACUGUGCAUCGCAGUGGCAACAAUAGCCCUAGGCAUAAUGUGGAAUCACAAUCGCCCGUGGAACGAAACCCUUUGGAAGAUGCGCGUUUAAUGUUGGAUGAGCGACUUUUAGUGGCGGCUGUGAAUGCCUCAGGCGUCGAGCAGCCCACCAGCAGUAGCGUAGCUGAAGUUGGAGUAGCUAACGUGGAAGCCAUUGCUGAUGAACAGACGUCGCUGCUGGAGGACAUGCUAGUGGAUAGGCAUGUGCCACGCUUGCGUCCCAUUCCUGGACCCUCUUUGCGUGCCUUCGAUUGGGGUGGCUCCGACUGUGACAUGUCGUGGAUCUGUCUGUUUAUAUUUAUACUCGCACUAUGCUUUGUCAUACCUCUGGUCUAUGUGAUCUACCUGGCGGAGCAUCCACAUCACAACCACACCUCAUGAGCACUGCUCCAUGAGCGUUUCAUUCCAACUCUCUCAAAAAGCAAACAACUAAUGGCAUUCUAAAUGCCGCUAGCUGCAUUAGAAUUUAUUUUUUUAUAUAUACAAAUAUACAAGCAAAUAAAAAGUUAAUAGUAAUAAAGUAACAAUUGUGAAUUGUACUAAAGAGACUUGAAUGAAAUUAUUCAAACAUACUUCCAUGUAAUAAAUAGACAAGCAGGCAGCAAUAGUUAAACUGUUAGAUUUUUAUUGAAAAUAGUCAUAAUUAAAUAAAAUUCACAAGCAUAUCUAAGUAAGGA